AUGUCUUCCUGCAGAAGAAACGAUUCUGAGAGUUCGGAAGUGGACAGCUGCCACGGCAAUGACACAGGAUCCAAAGGGAUAAAAAAAAAUCUAAGGGAACGGUUUCGUGUAGGAGUGUGUCUGCUUCGGAUAUAUAGCGAGAACGAUCCUCGAGCGCACUGCUAUGUAUCGGUGGAUCCGCACCGCCGUGUCCGUUGGCUCGAACAACGGCUUCGUGACUUACUAGCCCUGACUGAAUCCUUCGUGCUUCGCUCCCGUGGACAUUUACUACCCAGCGCCGAGCGGCUCACUAUCCUUUGUCCUGAUGACCCCGUGGAAGUUUUUCCGAUUAACACAGAUGUAACAAGAAAUGUAAAACCUGGCAAUAAUUCUUAUGUGGCAUGUGAAGCUCACAAGUCUUCAAUUGAUGCAAUUGACGGAGGGAAAUCAGAAAAUGGGGCCGGAUUUGAAUAUUCCUCUUUACAACAUGACAGAAGGAAAUCAGAAAAUGGGGCUGGAGUAGAGUAUUCCUCUUUACAACAUGACGGAGGGAAAUCAGAAAAUGGGGCUGGAUUAGAGUAUUCCUCUUUACAACAUGACGGAGGGAAAUCAGAAAAUGGGGCUGGAUUAGAGUAUUCCUCUUUACAACAUACCAGAGCACAGCCUGAAGAAAAGAGAGAGUCCAUUCAAGAGAACGAAAAUGAAACAGAUCUUGAAUCUUAUAAAGAAAGAGCACUAGCAAUGUUAGAUAAUACAUUGUCUCAAAGGACUCAAAGUGAUGAACAGGAUAACAUUUGGAUUAUGGAGGAUUAUUCAAAUGCCAACAACCAGCGUACAAAGCGAAAACGGGUACGUCGCAGACGAAAAAAUAACUGUUCUUCAGAAAGUAAUGGUAAUACUUGGGAAAAUACUUCUACUUCUGGGCGCGCACCUCGCCUGGUACGCGCAUUACCUAACGGACUUACCAUAUAA